GGGGCGGGGCCUGCGCGGGGCGGGGCCGGCGGCGCGGAUGGCGGCGGCGGCGCAAGGCUCCUGAGCGGGCCAUGAGCUCCGCCCGGCCCCAGUUCAGCAUCGAUGACGCUUUCGACCUGUCCCUGGAGGAUGCGGGUCCAGGGCCCGAGUCCAGCGGGGUCGCCCGCUUCGGGCCGCUGCACUUCGACCGCCGGGCCCGGUUCGAGGUGACGGACGAGGAAAAGCAGUCCGGACUGCGGUACCAGAACCUGGAGAACGAUGAAGAUGGCGCCCAGGCCUCUCCAGAGCUGGAUGCGGGAGCCAGUACCAGGUCAGGGCCAGGAACUCCGGCCCCGCCUCCGUGUGCGGCUCCCAGUGGUCCUUCAGCACACUCAGCACUAGCACCCAGCGCUCCUACAGGACCUGCUGCAGCACCCCCUGGUCCAGAAGAACCACCGCGUCGUGCUGGCCUCCUUCCUGCUGCUACUGCUCGGCCUGGUGUUGAUCCUGGUCGGCGUGGGACUGGAGGUGGCCCCCAACCCAGGUGUCUCCAGCGCCAUAUUCUUCGUGCCCGGCUUCCUGCUGCUGGUCCCAGGAGUUUACCACGUGAUCUUCAUCUACUGCGGUGUCCGGGGCCAUCGGGGCUUCCAGUUCUUCUACCUGCCCUACUUCGAGAAGUGACCUGAGCUGUCGGAAGUGAGCCCUGCUCCCAGCCCCGCUCGUGUCCCCUCAUCUUCAGGGAAAUACUCCAAGACCCUCAGUCCUCUCGGUACUUUACUCAGGAAGUUUGGGGGUGUAGACCCCCCCACCCCAAGGGCUCACCUUUGGAGCCAGGGAAAAGCGCCCUGUGCCUGUUCUGUGCCUUAAUGUAUUCCCACUUGGGGGCUGCGGAUUGGUGGUCGUGUAAAUAAAGGGGUCGUU